GGGGCCGACGUAAGAAAUGUGGCUGAGCGAACGCGCGAACACAGCGGAUAGGCAAUCCAAGAACAGAACCAGAAGAUAAGUUCAUCUCACAUUAACGAAGCACACGCUUCAGAAGCAAGGGAUCUUCAAUGGCGUCUCUGCAUUGCUUACCCCCUGUCCAGAAGUCUCUCUUCAUCAAUUCUCUUCCUCAGAAACUCCAUGGAAGAUCUGUCUGCUGCAGAGCGGGGAUUUCAUUUCUUGUCAGGGCUGAGCGAGCACGCGGAUCUUCAGUUAAUGGCCAUGCGUGCAGUUCCGAAGGUCAGUUUACCAAAUUGAGAUGGAAAAUCAGACUUGGGAGACGCCAGCUGCUAGCGGGCAGUGCGUUUAUUACUUGGAUUUAUCUUGCAGACAUGAAUUCCAUGUCAUUUGCUGCAGAAACAAAGAAAGGGUUCUUAUCAGUUUCAGACAAGAAAGACGGCUACUCAUUCGUCUAUCCAUUUGGGUGGCAGGAAGUAGUCAUUGAUGGUCAAGAUAAGGUAUUCAAAGAUGUAAUUGAACCAUUAGAAAAUGUCAGUGUCAAUAUGAUUCCAACCAGCAAAGAAGAUAUUCGAGAUUUUGGGUCCCCUCAACAGAUUGCUGAAACUUUGAUAAAGAAGGUUCUAGCUCCCUCUAAUCAAAGAACAAAGUUAAUCGAAGCAUCAGAGCAUGACAUUGAUGGGAAAGCGUACUACACAUUUGAGUUUGUAGCUCAAGCUCCAAACUACACUCGCCAUGCUCUCAGCACAAUUGCUGUUGCCAACGGAAAAUUCUACACUUUGACAACCGGAGCAAAUGAGAGGAGGUGGGAGAAAAUGAAAGAUAAAUUGCGCACGGUCGUCGAUUCCUUCACAAUUUCAAAAGUUUGACGGGGCUCCCAUGUGAACACGUUUAUCAUUAAUUUAGAUUCUCUCAGGUUGUUUACAGCUUAAACUUCUGUAACUUAUCCACCCUUUUGUUCAUUAAUUAAUUUCAUCAACAUUCGAGCUUACAGGAAUUACAACACCUUGUAACGACAGUUUUACUUAAAUUCCUGACAAAUUGUGUGAA